UUUAUAAUUUUCUGUUCCUCCUCCUUAUCUUUGGCCUUCAAAACAUCAUCAUGCAGCUCUAGCCGUAAAAAAAAAAAGGAAAAAAGAAAAGUGUCCUUGUGUCUGAGCCCGGCCCCCACCAAGUUAUUCUGCCCGGGUCUCUUCCUGGUUACUGCCGCUCUUCCAGAGGUUGAAGACCCUGCAGAGAUGUCCGACAAUGGGGGUUCUGUUGUCGGCCUCCUGUCUUACGAGACACUGGUUCAUGCGAUUGCAGGAGCAAUGGGCAGUGUGACAGCCAUGACAGUCUUCUUCCCUUUGGAUACAGCAAAAAGCAGAUUGCAGGUGGACGACAAACGGAAAUCUCAGUCCACUCCUGUGAUUUUGGCUGAAAUUACAAAAGAAGAAGGCUUUUUGGCUUUGUACAGAGGCUGGUUUCCAGUCAUCUCCAGUCUUUGCUGCUCCAACUUUGUCUACUUCUAUACCUUCAAUGCACUGAAGAAGGUAGCUGCAUCUAGAUCAGGCACGCCCAGACCUGGUAAAGACCUGCUGAUGGGGAUGGUAGCAGGUGUGGUGAAUGUUCUCCUGACAACUCCCAUGUGGGUUGUCAACACCCGACUGAAGCUGCAGGGGGUGAGGUUCAGAAACGAAGACCUCCAUCAAACCCAGUACAGAGGGAUAUUUGAUGCUUUCUCGCAGAUUAUCAGAAACGAGGGAGUGGGAACCCUGUGGAACGGCACUCUGCCCUCCCUCAUUCUGGUCCUCAACCCGGCUGUGCAGUUCAUGAUCUAUGAAGCUAUGAAGAGGGAGGCCGGCAAGGGAGGUAGCAAGAUAUCUUCAGCAAAGAUCUUUCUCAUUGGAGCAAUAGCUAAAGCCAUUGCUACCACAGUCACAUACCCCCUCCAAACCAUCCAGGCCAUCCUGAGGUUUGGUCAGUAUAAAGACGACGGCAAAGGAGGCCUGAUGGGGAGCCUCUCUAACAUUGUUUCUCUCUUCAUGGAUCGGAUCAAGAAGCACGGCUUUCUUGGUUUGUACAAAGGCUUGGAGGCCAAGCUGCUGCAGACGGUGCUGACGGCCGCCCUCAUGUUUGUUAUUUACGAGAAGAUCACUGCCGCCACCUUCAAGGUCAUGGGCCUGAACAAGCUGAAGCGCUGAGAGCUGCUGAGCCUGCUACUGAUUGUUAUUAACACUUUGAAGUGUUUUAUCUUCUUUGGACUUGAUGCCUUUAAGGACACUGAUUUCUGGGCUGCCUAAAAUAUUUAUAAUAAUAGCUGACGGGUAUAAAACUCCCUUACCCUUUCUGCUAGCUCCUAUCUAUGCAAACACAUCUUUCUUAAACUUGAUUCACUAAUUAAAAGCAAAUAUAAGAGAGAUUUUCACUUAAUUAAACUAAAUCUAAUAGUUUACAAACCUGUUUUUAUAAAAAGCCAGAGGCAGAAACUGUCGGUAUCCCAGUACAUUAGAAAAUAAAUAAAGGGCCAGUAUUUCUGUUUGAAAUGCCUGAUGAUCUAUAAUGAAUCUGUGUGUCAUUAGAAGUGUGCUGGACCUUAAGAAACUAGUAAUUAUCUGUAGUCUUAAUUAAAGGCACUGGACCUUGUCUUAACUGGUGCUUUAAUCUCUAAAACACCAAGUUUACAUUUUUCUACUUGUAAAAUAAUAAAAUAGCCAGUGUGUAGAUGUCAUGGUUAUAAAUGAGAGGUGAUGCCUGUAAUGGCAUUAAUGAAUUAAAAAUUUAAAUGCACUUUCCAGAUCACCAAUGAUGGAAAUCAGUUUUUAACAAUAAGUGCAUGUAUUUAAAGUGAAUGUUAAGAGACAUGAAGGCAGGCUGAUGGUCUAUGUUUUAUUGUUAUUAAUAAGUGCCUAAAGAUGUCAUGCACGGGUGGGGGAGGGCUUAAUAAGAUGUUUUUUUCUUAGUGUUUGUAACUUUCAGCAUUUUGCCUCCAUUAGUGAACAUUUCUUGGUGCUGCAGUCAUUUGUAUCAGUUUAGUUUCUCUUACUCUGGUGAAUGAAAGUUUCAUUUUUCUCUGACUGGAACACUCCCAGAUUUAAUUUUCUGUAUUCUGUUUGUUUGUAAUGUUCUGUGAUUUAAUGACUUUUCUUUGUGCUUAAGUGAAGCUUAACAUUAAUGCACAGAACUCAGACAUAUUUGCCUUUUACCAGCCAGGACCAUAAGUUUCCGUUAUUGCCUUAUUUAAAACAGUGAAACUAUUAGAUUUACUUAAAAUGCUUAUAAACAGAAUUGAUUUAUUAUCUAACUUUUUAUUACAAUUUUAUUUUGCUUUUCAGAAUGAUUGUUAUGACGAGGGAUCAAUAAAAGUAUAUAAAAAAAGAAGCUGAUUUGUUUUUUACUUAAAAGUCCUAAAGAUGGAAAAAAAAAAAAAAAAAUCAUCCCUGCAAAAAUGAGGCUAAAAUCCCACUGCAGGCAAGUACUACACAAAUGUGAUAUUUUGGCCCACAUGCAACUCAUGUCUGUGAUUUUCACAGCAAUCUGAAAAAAAACCCAAAGUGAUCUGAGGCUCUUCUAUUUGUGGUACCAAACGGUUAACAAAGGGUCUGCAGUCAUGUUUCUCACUACACAUUCACAGAGACGUCUGCAGAAGAUGCUAAAUCACCUACUGCUUUCAAAAGAUUCUUGUUACUAGCUGUACUGUUUAUUUUUUCUGACCCUGUUAGGUUUAUUCAAUGAUGAUUAUAAAGUUAAUGUGUGUGCAUAUAAAACAUUGACAAAAUGACAUGCUUCACUCUCUUGUGAUUCAAUCAGGAGAGCAUUCUGUCUUAUGACCUGAUCAAUUGUCCUGUCAGAAGAAUACUUUGUUUUGUAACCCGCCCCAUGUGUUAUGAUCUGUUAAUAAAAAGGCUCUGAAGGAGGGGGUCCGAGAGAGACUUGGAAAGUUGGGUUGCGGCUCAUUUCUCCUGCAG